AUGCUCUUCAAGUCGUCCCUCCUCGCCCUGCUGGCCGUCCAGGUCUUUGGCGCUCCCGCCCAGUCCGAUGAAGCCGCCGCCGCCGCCCCCGCGGAGCUCAAGGCCAAGAUCACGGCCUCGUUUCCCGACGCCGAGCAGCUCAUCGGGCUGCGCCUCGUCAACGGCAAGCCGACGCGCGCCGUCGUCGACGUGACCAACAACGAGGACGGGCCGAUCCAGAUCGCCUUCGUCUCGGGCACGCUCUCCUCGGACGCGUCGACACCGCUGCUGCCCGCCGACGCGCCCCUCUACCAGCGCAUCGUGCACAACCUGACGGCCGCCGAGUACAACCUGCCCGUCGCCGCGGGCGCCUCCGCACAGCUGCCCUACGCCUUUGCGCUCGACCUGCAGCCCCAGGACGUCCGCGUCCAGCUUCUGGCCGUCGUCACCGACGCAAAGGGCGGCAUCUUCCCCGUGACUGUGUACAAUGGCACCGCGUCCAUUGUCGAGGCCCCGACCAGCUUCCUCGACCCCCAGAUCAUCUUCCUGUACCUCGUCCUCUCCGCCGCCUUUGCCGGCGCCCUGUACUUUGUCUACAAGACCUGGAUCGAGGCCCUCUUCCCUCCCGCCAAAAAGGCGCCCCGCACGCCCAAAAGAGCCAAAAAGGCCGACGCCGAUACCGCUCUCUCCGGCUCCGAGUCUGUGGCGACUGCGACCGGCAGCAAGACGUACGACGAGAGCUGGAUCCCCGACCACCACAUUGCCCGUCCUGCCGGCAAGCGCUCCAAGUCUGGCACGCCCAAGGCUAAAUAA